GUCAUUCCUGUUAGACAGAUGUUGAUUUGAACAUUUAUUCAUGUUUCUGAUAUUUCUGAAACUCUGAGAGCAGCAGCAGUAAUCAGCUCUUUAUAAUAAUCAUACAUCAACUUUCUGAUUAGAAGUGAAAAAACAGCCAUGUUGUUGGCAGAAGCUGGAUGUUUGUUCAUGGGUUUCAUUCUGUGUCUCUCAGGUGUUCAGGGAAAACCAAACAGCAUCUGUGCCUUGAAAGGUUCAUCAGUGAAUCUGCCCUGCUCACAUCAACAUCCCACUGCAAGAAAUAGCUGGUACACUGGACACUGGACUGUCUCCAAGAUUGAACUCUCUACAGAUGAAACACAUGUAAAGUACAGCAUGUCAGCAGAGAGUAAUUUCACUCUAACAAUCAAUAAUCUAACAGAGAGAGAUGCAAAUUUUUACUGUUGCAUUAAAACUGCUGACACAUCAAAGUGCCAACAAAGUGGAAUUCAUCUCCAAGUUACAGAGCUGCAGGUAAAGGUGAUUCCUGCCACAGAGGGACAGACAGUAACACUGAUGUGCAGCAGCAGCUGUCCUCUGACUGAAAAGCCUGCAGCCUACAUCUGGUACAAGAACAGAGAGUUUCUCUAUGAGGACUGGUCUCCCUGGUACCAAGAGCUGCUCAGCAGUGAGGAAGCAGUCACAUACUCCUGUGCUGUCAAAGGCUACGAGGAUCUCAGAGCCCCUGAAGUCUCUGCGGAUUCCAUCACAGAGACCUGCUUCAGUGUGACCUAUGCUAAAGGGAGAAUGUGUUCUUCUCAGCAGACAUCAGUGGACGAGUCCUGCUCCAUCACAUAUCCCAGAGAAAUUCAUGUCCAGAGGACUCCUGCUGAACACAGAGGUCACAUCAGACUGACCUGUAACAGCAGCUGUUUUCUGACUGACCCUCUGAUUUCCUUUGUGUGGUAUGAGAACAGAAAGCCUACAGUGAAGGAGGGAAAACAGAUUCUAGUUCCCAGCUCUAAUCGUGACAGUUUGUCUUGUGCUGUAAAAGGUCUUGAGGAUGUGCGCUCUGCUGACGUCUGUGUUAAUGAUUCCUGCUGGAGGUUGAAUUAUGUCCACAGCAGAAUCUGUGCUGUGGAAGGAUCUUCAGUCAACAUCUCCAGUAAAUACUCACAUCCUGACUACGAGCAGAUACAGUCUAAAUGUUGGUAUAAAGUCAAGAGAGAAGCUGAACAGCUGACUGAGGAUCCAGAUCAUGUGGAGUAUGAUGACAGCAUGAAGAACCAACACAUCCUCAGAUUAAAGAAGCUGAAGAGAGAUGACUCAGCAGAAUACAGGUUCACCUUCACAACAGAAAAUGAAGAAGUGAAUCAGUCUGAUUUUCCUGGAGUUACGCUGAUUGUCACAGGAGAGAGAGCAUCAAUGAGAAGCAGUGACUCAGCACAGAAUCACCAAACGUCUUCCAGGAUUCAGUCCAACACUGCAGGAAUUCCAGAGCUGAGAGUGAAGAUGAGUCCUUCUGCAGUGGUGACAGAGGGUCAGAGAGUCACACUGACCUGCAGUACCAGCUGUCCUCUGACUGACAACACAAACUACAUUUGGUACUUGAACAGUCGACCUCUGACCCCGAGAGAGAACCAGAACAAACAUCUGAUCCUAGACCCAGUCAGCAGGGAGGAUGCAGGAAGCUACUCCUGUGCUGUGAAAACCAACAAAGAUAUCAGCUCUGCUCCAAAGACUCUCACUGUCCAAAGUAUCACAGGAACAUGGACACCAGCAGCUGCAGGAGUUUCUGCAGCUCUGCUGCUUUUAAUACUUCUCACUGUCUGCUGGUGGAUCAGAAAAAGGAGAACUUCUAGAUUAUCGCCAACAAGUGAAACAAUGGACAACCUGGAGCAGGUACAUUUUGGUCCCCAGCAUGACGACAUCUCAGCUCAACCAGCAGAGCAGGAACUUGACUACAGCGAGAUCAAUUUGUCCAAGAACCAAACAGAACAUCCCUACUCCACUGUUCAGUCAUUUCAAGAACAGGAGCAUGUCCCCUACGCUGUUGUCAACUUCAGAGACAACACAACACCUGAACUCAAUGAUCAGGCUGUGGACGGUUAGAGACUG